AUGUCGAACGACUAUCUUGCUUUAAAAGGCGUUCUCGUCGGUCACAAUGAUUGGGUUACGCAAAUCGCAACAACACCUCAAUUUCCUGAUAUCGUUCUCUCGUCUUCACGAGAUAAAUCCAUCAUCAUUUGGCAAUUGAACAACCAACACGAUCCAACAGGUGAAAGUACAUCAUGUGGUGUGCCAAGCAAAGCAUUACGUGGUCAUUCACAUUUCGUUUCUGAUGUUGUCAUCUCAAGUGAUGGUCUCUUCGCUGUUAGUGGUUCAUGGGACGGUUCACUUCGUCUUUGGGAUUUAUCCGUCGGUACCAGCACACGCCAAUUUGUCAGCCAUAAGAAAGACGUUCUAAGUGUUGCCUUCUCCGCCGACAAUCGACAAAUUGUUAGUGGAAGUCGAGAUAAAACAAUUAAAUUAUGGAACACCGUUGGUCAAUGCAAAUAUACAAUUGUCGAUGAUAACCACACAGACUGGGUCUCAUGUGUACGUUUCAGUCCAAAUCAAAAAGAUCCACUUAUCGUUUCAGCUGGUUGGGAUAAACUUGUCAAAGUUUGGAAUUUAACCAACUGCAAAUUACGUACAAAUCAUCAUGGUCAUAAUUCCUAUGUAAAUACUGUUACAGUAUCUCCAGAUGGUUCAUUAUGUGCCAGUGGUGACCGAGACGGCCAAGCUAUGUUAUGGGAUCUUAACGACGGAAAACACCUAUACACACUCGAUAGCGGUGCUAUGAUCAAUGCUUUGACAUUCUCACCAAAUCGAUACUGGCUUUGCGCAGCAAGCGGAACAUCGAUUAAAAUCUGGGACUUGGAAACAAAAACUGUGGCCGAAGAAGUUAAAUCCGACAAGCAAUGUACAUCAUUGGCUUGGUCCGCUGACGGUCAAACAUUGUUUGCUGGUUACACUGACAAACAAAUUCGAGUAUUCGAAGUUCGACAACGUUAA